AUGUACCCCUCUUUCUCUCACAAUCACAGAUCACACGAUCUUGGUGAUGGUGUGUCUGGUGGUGUUGAAUGGAAUUCUGUGGUAAAUCAAGAAGAGAUUAAGGGGGACUUGGAAGAAUCUUCGAUGGUUGAUGAUGUUAACGGAGAAGCUCCGAAGGUAGCUUUAAAGAGAGGAAUUUUGGAGAAGCUCCACCAUUAUCAGACAUUGGAUGCCAUGUUUCAAUUAAUGGUCAUAAGAUAUCUUCUUCCCACCGAAUCACCCUUGGGAGUAUACGACUUUGAUGUGGAAGGGCAGAUGGUGGUAAGGUGGAGGGAAACUAGGAGCCCUCUCGUGUAUAAACUCCAUUUAACUUGA